AUGAGACUGCGUCGCACCAGUCCUCACAACCACCAUGGGCGCGGUGGUGACAAGGGCGGCAGCAGUCACCUGAACUCAGGCGCCGACAUCGAUGGCGCGGAGAUUGCGGAGGACCAGGAGAGCAUUCGUAGUGAACAGGCUGGGCGAGCAAAGCGAGCCAGCUGUGAUACCCCGGGCACGGCCAACCUCUCUCCACACACCUUGAGCUCUCACCAGCCAAUUCAUCCGCUCCAGCAGCAACAGCGCUCUGGCAAACGCCGCGACUCUGCACAGAGACAGUCGUCUUUCAACAGCAGCCAGACUGGAAGCUUGUUGCUCAACAGCGGUAGCGCAACGCUACCGACCCCCGGUGGCGGCAGUGCAGGUGGCAACACUGGUGGCCGCCCUUGUCGCAGCACGUCUGGAUCCGGUGGUAGCGGUGGCGAUGGCGUUUCCCCAUCGUCCUCGCGCCAUCUUCAGCCGCCGUCAAAUCACAGCCAUGUGAACUUGUUUGUGCGAGACCUGCCGCUGGAGCUGAACGAGGAAAAGCUGCGAGCCAUGUUUACCCCGUUCGGUGACAUUGUCAACUCGGCCAUCAUGCGCAACAUUCACACCGGCAUCAGCCUUGGUACAGCCUUUGUGCGCUUUUCGAAGCACGAAGAAGCGAUGCGGGCCAUGGAGGCCUUCGCGGGCGGGCGGUCAGUGACGGGGUCAAAGAGGGUGACAGUGCAGUGGGCUCGCCGCGAGCAUGACAAGGCCCCUUCUGGGGAUGAGCGGCGCAAAAUGCGGAAGUUGUUUAUCCGCAAUGUCCCAAAGGACGUAACACAGGAGAUGCUCAUGACCCUCUUCAGUCAGUACGGCCCGGUCAAGUCGGUCAGCACCCAUCGCGAUACGGCCGCUGCCAACGCCGUUUCGCAACCAGGCGGCGGCGGGGGUGCCGCUGGUGCGGCAGAGGCAGACUUCGCAUCCCACGGCGGACACGACAGUACCGCUGCCACCGGUGCCAGCACGGAUGACCGUCGCAUCGCGUUUGUCACCUUUGAAUUUGAGGGUGUGGCAGAGCAGGCGACGGCGGCAGUGCACAACACCAUGCCAUUUGCUUCGUGCCAGGGUAUUCCACUCAUGGUGAAGUUGGCAGAAGACACACCAGUGCGGCAUAGCGCUCUUGGCAGCAACCACGCCAGAGCCAACAACAGUGGCACCCUAAACGGUCUUGGUGCGAAUGGGAAUAGAGUGCACCUGCCUCACAGUGGCAGCAUGAGCAGCGGCGGUAGCGUGGGUGUGCAUCACCCUGCCCUCAUUGUCGGUGUUCCCAGCAAUAAUUCACUCGGCUGGUCCGACUUGCCCAUAACCGACUAUCUUGCGACUCCGAUGGUGUCGCCGAGUGCUGCGCAAGUGCAUAGUGCCACUGGGCUAGGAGUGCCGCUAGGUACUGGUCGCAGCAGGCCACUGGCACGUGGUGGUGCGCUGAGUAUCAGUGCGGGUCGCAGCUUCUCUCGUGCGCCGCAGGACGGCAGCAUCUCUCCGGCGCUCUUACCGCCGCGCUCUUUUGUCGGGACAACGGGCUCAGCCGGUUCACCGAACGGAACCCCGCUGUACACUGGUCUCACUUCAAUUCACAGCAGCUCAGCAAUGCUCCCCUACACUGGACAGACUUCUGGAAGCGCCCAAACGCCUCGGCAACCUGUUCCAAGCCCCACAGCAUUCUUGGCGUCACCGACGUCCGCGUCGUCCACGACGGCCAAUUCGCAGCAACCCAGGAGCGAUAGCGUUGCGGAGCCUAUGCUUGACGGCUCGCAGAUGCUUGGUAGCAUUGGGUUUAUAGGGAGCAGAAGCGGCUCGCACAAUGGGCAGGCGAUAGGUAGCGGCCCAACGGACCUUAUUGGCUUAGCUAGCGGAGACGGUGCUGGCAGCUUCCCCGUCUCCUCGUACGAAACACAGGAGCCUUACACGAUGCUGCAGCAGUACGGUAGCAGCCUGGCCCUUGCCAGCAGCGCUACUGCACAGCCGCCGCUAUCGGGCCCACCUUCUGCACCCGUACCAGGGGUUGAUACCCAUCCACACGCAGGCGUCUGGAACAACCACAGCAACAGUAGCGCCAACGCCAGCAGGUUGUCUUAUCAGGUGUGGGGUUCUUACGCCGAAGCCGCGCAGUGCGAGGGAGUGAUCAGUUCGCCUCUGCUACAGUCAGCGCAGACUUCCUCCACAGCACCGCUCAACAGCUCAUCUUUCCAGCAGUCGCCGUUAAAGGCCCUAUCGCUUCCGCAGCCUCGCUCGAGUGCGAUGCAGCAGUCGCAACAGCAGCAGCAGCAGCGGCCUGCGCCAGCAGAGUUCGAUGGCAGUAACAUCGCAAAUGGCGGCCGCGGCCCUGCCCAACAUCUACUCAUCCCACAGCCACGCAGCAAUGCGAGCACCAACUCCUCGGUGCCCCUCCGCAGGUCAGCCGCUGCUGCUGCCGCCGCUCCUUCAUCUUCUGCCUCUCGGCGCGCCAACACGCUGCCUCCAGACGCUUCUCCACCUUCGUGCGCGUCGACUCCGCAGAAGAAUGCCUCUCGAGUUUUGCUGUCAAGCGCCACGACAUCUUUCACCGCUGGUGGCGACGCCCAUUCCAGGUGCAACGGCACAUGGGGUCGCCGUAUCGCAUUGGAGGGAGUCGGCAGUGUGAUUGGCGGUGCGUCGAACCUGCGCCAUGGCCCACGCGCGACUUCCUCGUCAAUACUCACCCUUCGUAGUGGGACUUAUAGUGAUGGGGGCAGCUGCACUGGCGCGAACAGUUCUGGCUCCCCCACUACUGGUACAUGGGCUGCCCCGCUCAACCCCGGCCUUGCGGGUUCCUUUACAAGUAACAAUACCAACAGCUUCCAGCCCUACGGAGGCAACGGCAUCCUUGGCACUGGCUCUGUAGCUAGCCACAGCGCUCACAGCACAAUGGACACGCGCGGCAGCUUGACAAUGAAGUACACUUCUGUUCUCCCAGCGCAGCCGGCUAGUGUGCCGCCGCCACCGAGCUGCUCGCCCGCGCCACAGCCGCCGUCGCGGAGCUUUUCUUUUGAGCUGACACAGUCCGUCACGACACCAGUAGCUCCGCCAACGUUUACAACAUCGCCGUUGAUGGAAGCGGCCGCCAAGAUGCUAUCCACAGAUGACGAUGCAUUGACCGCCGAUGAUGUGAACACCUUUGACUACAGAGCUUACGUUCCAGAAGACACGUACGCGGGCAAGUUGAAUUACAGCACCCCGUACGCUACAACAGUGAUGCAUGCGGUGAGCGGUGGUGACCCGCCGCUGCGUGGUAUGGCCAGCGGGACCCGCAGCAGCGCCAAUAUACAGACGAGCAACAGUCAAAACACCUCCGUGGCGGCGCGGUCCCAACUAAACAGUCCUGCUCCUGCCGCGACCGUCUCUUCCGUCGUGGCUGCCUCGGUGCUCUGCAAAAGCGACCAACUCGGCGACCCGAGCCCCCACUUCCCUUCGCCCGGUAGUGCCGGUCUCCUUGACGACCACCUACUUUUCCAGUGGGAGGGCAACUCCGCCGCGAUGAGCGAUACACCCAGUAUUACCGGCUUCGCAAGCGUAGGUGGAUCCGCUGUUCAGACAGCACUGCCAUCCAGCGAUGCUCUGCGCAGCAAAGAGUUCAUAGAGGAGCUUGACAUGAUGUUCACACCCUCGGAGUCGCGCCCGCAAGACAUGAUAGCACUCGCAGAUGCACCGACGGCUGCCUCUGUGCCAAACAUGCGGCUGCAGCCAGACGCCGGGGCCUACUGGUGUACUGCUCCGAUGCGCGAUACUGCAAGGCUGGUUUUGGGUAGCGAUAUGGGAGUGCCGGCCUACCGAGCACCGUCUACAGCAAUAUCGACGCCGAAGGAUCUGAGCUGCGGCAGUACUGCCAAGACAUUGCCUGGAUUGACAGUGCAGCCGCCGUCACGAAUUGGCCGCUCCGACGACGGGGAUGGCGAUCCGACAGGCUGGUCCGUUUACCCGGACGUUACUCUCAACCUCGGUUGGUCCCUUGGGUUCAGCUCCGACCCCAGAAAGCCCGGUAGUGUGAUUGGCAGUGACCACGAGAGUGGUAGCACUCACGAUGGUGUUGACCAUCUACGCUACUCGCAGCAGCUGGGCAACACGCUGCAUAGCCUGUACCACCUUAUGAGCUACGACGACGCCUCUUAUUAA